UCCUUCGUCUCUUCGGUCAAAUUCAUCCCCAACCAGAUAGCUCCCCCGUCCAUCCCCGCUCACAUCCCGUCUGGGGGUUUACCGAUUUUUACUCCUCUUGCUUCUAGCGCACUUCCGAAUAUCCUGUUUCUGCUUCCGCCUUACUGUCGCAUCACCCAUUCACAACAUGUCUGAAUCACGACUAUACUCCUUCUCCCCCGAAACCAAAGAAAAGCUUCGCAAGUUCCGCUUGGGAACCUCCCGCGCCAAGGAUCCGCAGGCCAUUAUUUAUAUCAUCGACAACAAGACCCAGGAGAUUCGACCUGAAGAUGGCGAGGUUUACUCCAAGAUGGAGGAUGUAGCCGAUGAGCUUCCGGAAUCGUCUCCUCGGUUUAUCCUCCUCAGCUAUCCUCUGACCUUGGCUUCCGGCCGUCCUACGGUUCCUUACGUCAUGCUCUACUACCUCCCCGAGAACUGCAACCCGAAUCAGCGCAUGAUGUAUGCGGGUGCUGUUGAGUUGAUGCGCAAUACGGCGGAGGUUAACCGGGUGAUUGAGGUAUAUGAGGAGGAUGACAUUAUCUCGAUCGAGUCGAAGCUGCAAAGCGCGGAUUAGACAUAUUUACCAUUGUCUGGUAGGCUCUGAG